GUUCUUUUGUAAAAAAAAAAAAAAUUAUCUUCAUCUGCACUCCAAAAUAGUCCACCAUGCCCAACCAUUGAUUAAACAAACCAAAACAAGUCCUUUUUGACAGCAACAUGCCAACAUCUCUCUUAGCAACUCCCUAAAUCCUUACAUUGCACUCCAGUUCAGCUUCAAAUUUCCUAUCUUUACAAGUUAAACUUUCCUGAUCUUCAACUUCAGAUCGAAACAUAUUUAGAACAGCCAGAAAGAUAACAGAAAGAAGAAGAAAGACUGAUCUUUUUUUGAGGUAAAGUUUGAAUCUUUUUCGACCCGCUUGUUCUUUUUUUCCUUUUUAGGUAAAAUCAUGGGUUCUGAUUCUGCUUUGAAUUCAACAAAACCAACUCAAAUCCCAACUCAAGAAGAAGACCCACCAAAUCAAUCCACAGCUCUUCUCUCUUUCAACACGGAUUCUUCUUCUUCUGAUCCUUCAAACCCAAUUCAAAAACACACCACAACUAUCAUCUUCAUCUCUCUUCUCCUUGUCACUUGCAUUGCUCUCUCUGCUGCUUCUGCUUUUGCUUUUCUUUUCUUUUCCUCUUCCGAUAAAACGACACCAUCUUCUCUUGAAACGACAUCUCGUCCGUUGACUAAACUCAAUCAUCCUGUAGUUCUUUUGAUUUCAUCCGACGGGUUCAGGUUUGGUUACCAAUUCAAGACUCCAACACCAAACAUUCACCGUUUAAUUAAUAAUGGUACUGAGGCUGAGACUGGUUUAGUUCCUGUAUUUCCUACGCUUACGUUUCCUAAUCAUUACUCUAUUGUUACUGGGCUUUACCCUGCUUAUCAUGGCAUCAUAAAUAACCAUUUUGUUGAUCCAAACACCGGGGAGCACUUUACUAUGGGUAGCCAUGAACCCAAGUGGUGGUUAGGUGAGCCACUUUGGGAGACUGUGGCUAAUCAUGGGUUAAAGGCUGCUACUUACUUUUGGCCUGGGUCUGAAGUGCAUAAAGGUUCUUGGGAUUGUCCUGAAGAUUUUUGUAUGUUCUACAAUGGUUCUGUUCCUUUCGAGGAAAGAGUUGAUAAGAUUUUGAGCUAUUUUGAUUUGCCUAGUAAUGAAAUUCCUGUGUUUAUGACUUUGUAUUUUGAGGAUCCUGAUCAUCAGGGUCAUCAGGUGGGACCUGAUGAUCCUGAGAUAACUGAAGCUGUUGGUAGAAUUGAUAGGAUGAUUGGGAGGUUGAUUGAUGGGUUAGAGAAGAGAGGGGUUUUUGAGGAUGUUAAUAUUAUUAUGGUGGGUGAUCAUGGAAUGGUUGGUACAUGUGAUCAGAAGUUGAUAUUUUUGGAUAACUUGGCUUCUUGGAUUAAAAUUCCAGCAGAUUGGGUUCAGUCCUAUACUCCGCUGCUUGCAAUUCGUCCUCCUUCAGGUGUGGCACCAUCAGACGUUGUUGCAAAGAUGAAUGAAGGAUUACAGUCGGGUAAAGUUCAAAAUGGGAAGCAUUUGAAGGUGUAUCUUAAGGAAGACCUGCCUAGUAGGCUUCAUUAUGUGGCAAGUGAUAGAAUUACACCAAUAAUAGGGCUUGUCGCAGAGGGUUUUAAGGUGGAACAGAAGCCAAAAUAUCAUCAAGAGUGUGGAGGAGCACAUGGUUAUGAUAAUGCAGUUUUCUCCAUGAGGACUAUCUUCAUUGGUCAUGGUCCUCAGUUUGCAAGGGGGCACAAGGUGCCAUCUUUUGAGAAUGUUCAGAUAUACAACUUGGUUACUUCAAUUCUCAAGAUUCAGGGUGCUCCAAAUAAUGGAUCUUUAUCAUUCGCAGAAACUGUUCUUUUGGCCAAUCCUUAGUAAAUGUCCUCGAACCAUUUCCUGCGUUAUCUAAGCUGCCUAAAAAUGAGGUGCAAUUGGGUUGCACAAAUUUUCUUUUGAAGCCACAUGAACAUACGUUUCCCAGCAAAGUUGGUUGAGGAUAAUAUGUUAUGGCUGUGCCCAAGGUAAUUAAACUAGUACUGAGCCUUGUUAUUGUAACUCAUGCCCAAUUAUAUUAUACUUAGUUUGAACUUUUCAUCUGGUAUGAGCUGCAGAUGUAUUAGUGAAUGCAGUAUGUAACUAUUGAAUGUGUACUUUUCUAGCAUUCUAUUGUAUGGCUUUUCUUGAAUCAGAACUAGAAGCAAUUAAUUGACCCCUACCUUUGUUAGGGACUUUUAGCUAUAA